AUGCUGGGAACUGAAGUAUUGCGAGUCGGUGGUUUUGCAGAUGCCCUUCGCUCAACUAUGUACGCUGUGCUGACGGUAUGCUAUGUAUCCAUAAAAGGUGGAUGUGCGAUGGCCGAAUUGACUGUUCAGAUCACUCUGACGAAGACAGCACGAUAUGUUCAAAGCGACCACUUAAUGGGAAUUUGGACGGCUCGAAUCGUUCAUGUGCCGCGAGUCCAAAAGUGCCCCAAAAGAUGGUUUUCGUGCAUGGAUGGUUCUAAAUGCAUCCACUCGCGAUUUGUGUGUGACAGAAAAAGCCAUUGCAAAUGGAUUGGGUGCCUGAACAGUGAGUUCUGCCACGCCGCUGGUUUGCACCUGAAGAUAAAUGCCACAAGGAAACUUUGA